AAUGGAAGACGUCUCAAGAAUGGAUGAGUCUGCCAGAAGUCCAACAGAUGAAUCCAAGACAGAUAAAUCAAGUCCAACAGGAGUAGAUACUGGAACCAAGGCGGUGGUGCUGAUCACGUGUUUCCUCGUCAACUUCCUGUCUCUUGGAUUCGCUCUUGGUUUGGGAGUUCUUUUUGUACCAAUACUGGAAAUAUUUCAGACCAGCAGGGCUGUGACUUCACUGAUGUUGUCAUUGUGUGUUGGUAUCUUAUUAACUGGGUCUUUUGUUACCAGUCCAAUUGUUCAGAAGAUUAAGCCCGGAAAUGCUAUCAUUUUGGGAGGGGCAAUAACACUGACAGGAUGCAUUGGUGGAUCUUUUGCCCCAAACAUGGAUAUUAUCAUUUUCUCGAUCGGAUUUGUGGCAGGAAUUGGACUGAGCUUCGCACAUCUUGCCUCGUAUAUAACUGUUGAUGCUGUCCUUACUACCAGGAAAGGGCUGGGUGUUUCCCUUCUCACCGCUGGGAAUGGACUUGGGGGGUUCUUUUCCCCAAUACUUAAUGCUUGGAUGCUUGAGAUAUAUGGAUGGAGAGGAGCCUUCCUGCUUCUGGGUGCCAUCGUCUUCAAUCUCUGUGUCCUUGGAUUCAUCAUCAGAUCUUUAUCUGACAAAGUCUUCCACACAUCAGCAAAAACGACCAACGUGUCCUUUGUUAAAUCGUUGCAUCUUCAUCUGUUCAAGAACCUAGCUUUCGUCUUAUAUCUGAUGUGUACAUUCCCCCUAUGGGUUUUCAUUUUAGGGGAAAAUAUUCUGAUUGUAGACAUUGGAACAUCUAGAGGCCACAGCCUACAGAGCUCAUCAUUCAUACUCUCUGCCAUGAGUAUUGCAAAUGUUGCUGGGAAUCUUAUUGCGGGAUUUAUCAUUUCAUUUUCACACAUACCUGGGUGCAUAGCAACAGCCGUAUCAGCUGUGUUUUGUGGUAGUUUCAGCUUGGCACUGGUGUACGUCAAUGACUAUCCUUAUAUGGUAACACUGGCAACAUUCCUGGGAAUUUUCUUUGGUAUUUUACCAGUGGCACUCCCCGUGACUGUCCUUGAGAUUACUGGCCGAGCUUCCUACUCUACGGCAUUGGCGUAUGCAUUCGGAAUAGGUGGAAUCGCUGACAUUGUGUGUGGGCCAAUAGGAGGUUCCUUCAGAGAUCUGACCGGUGACUACGACCUGCUGUUCUAUGUGACUGCUGGUGUCUGCAGUGGGAUAGCAGUUGCUCUCUGUGCCCUCGAGGGCUACAUCAGACACAACAGAAAGCGGGACAAACAAGACAGAACCAAUUCCAAUAGUGCCACUAUGAUACGUAUGUAACUUCUGGGCGACUUCCACCGUCACAUGUAGCAGACACUGUGGUCAGCCACAAACCGUAAAAUGUACCGACUUGACUGAUCGACCUGAUAUAUACAUUGCUGAACCGGCUUCUUUUUUGCUUUUAGUUUUAGUAAAGCUCCGCUUAUUAGCAUGGUUUCUCUAGGGCCGGGGCGAUUGCUCGUCACGCCGAGCACGUUUUCGAGAGAUCAUGUGUUAUGAUUGUCCAGGUACGUCGACACUGUCGUGUGUGGUAUAAUUAUCAUGGUUUACGUCGACAAUGUCGUGUGUGGUAUAAUUAUCAUGGUUUACGUCGACAAUGUCGUGUGUGGUAUAAUUAUCAUGGUUUACGUCGACAAUGUCGUGUGUGGUAUAAUUAUCAUGGUUUACGUCGACAAUGUCGUGUGUGGUAUAAUUAUCAUGGUUUACGUCGACAAUGUCGUGUGUGGUAUAAUUAUCAUGGUUUACGUCGACAAUGUCGUGUGUGGUAUAAUUAUCAUGGUUUACGUCGACAAUGUCGCGUACGUACGACAUUAACGAUAUUGUCUACGUUCCUGGAUAAUUCAUCUAAUAUUUUAUAUAAACAAGAAACAAAGCCAACCAAGUACACUCACCAAUCAAUAGUAAGUGAUAGCUUACAUCUCUCCACGAUCAUGCUCACACUUCUUAAGCUUUCACGUUUGUUUCACGUAUUAUAUUUCAGUGAUAUCCUUGACAUUUACACAGCAAGCUGGAAAAAUAUGCUACAAUAGCAUGACUAGAUAGUGAAAGUAAAACGACCUCUUGGUAAGAACAUGAAUCAAGUGCGCACUAGAUAUUGUGGUAAUAAAUUAUGGGCCAUGUAUAUAUUUGUGUGGGUGUGUCUCUCUGUGUGUGUUUGUAUGUGUACGUGCGCGCGCGUGUGUGUAUAAUAUAUUCUGAACCAAAUUAAAAACUUCACAAUCCUAAAAUUUUAACAUUUUGACCAGUUAUCAUUGUGGGCCCUUAUUGUGUAUUCAAACAGUAAUGGUCACGUAUUUUCUUCAGAUAACACCCGUUUUUGUGCAGGUGAAUCGAUCAAAAUCAUAUGCACAGCACUAUAGUGGCAAAAGUGUUUUUUCACGUGCAACUGGUCACGUGGCCAUAAUACCGCAGUCAUU